UUCUAGUAGAACAUACCCAAUCUCAUCUCACUUUCUCUCUCUACAGCUCUUUCAUUUCUCUCUGUAUAUCUGAUGGCCAUGUCUAGAAUACUCUCUCAAACCCUCCCACGGUCCUCUCUCCACCCAGCAUCUCUCACCCCUGGGGCCCUAAUCACCCACAACCGCCACCGCUCCAACAAGACCCGCCAGGCCCAGCUAAUCGAACUUGAGGUCGAUUCGUCAUCCACUUCUUCCCAUCCCGAUUCUUCCGAGGAGGUACUCACUGUAGGGAUUAAGAAACUCGAGGAGGCUAUCCAGAGUAUCAUCGUGCGCCGUGCAGCACCCGACUGGCUCCCCUUUUUACCUGGGUAUUCCUACUGGGUCCCGCCUCGGAGUAGUACUAUGAGACAUCCACAUGGUAUGAUUGAGGUGAUUGGAAAAUUGACGUCUUCUGGGGUGGGAACGGGGAAGAUUCGCCCGCAACUUGAUCUUUUGACGGAGGAUGAAACGAUGUCGUUUACCUCUGCACGUGGAUGGCCCUCUUCUACUUUUUUCCUUGAAGGUACUUCACCCAUACAUCCAAUUCCAUUAAUGGAAGUGGAGGUGAAAAUUCAUAAUGAAGCCAACAACGCACAUAAUGCAUCUAACUCUGAGGAGGAGGAAGGAUGAAGAGUAUGCUGUGUGAAAAUCUGGUUGCUCGGGCUUGUUCACCCUUGUAGAUAUCUAGAGCAUGCAGAAGGUAAGAGUUGAAGAUUAUUAUGAAAGGAAGAGAGCAAGCAGAUGAAAUGCUUGUACAGGCCGGUGUCGUCAUUCCCCCUGACUGCAGAAAUAUGUAAUCUUAUUGAAAUGUUGUUUUGAGUUGGCCGGUGUAGUUUCUUUUGUAUGGUUUGGAAUAAUAAAUAAGCCCAAUGGUUAAUUUAAAUGCUUAUUUUCUUAGACGUGAUGGUGAAUUAUAUUAUCUUCUUUUCAAAAUUGAAACUGACUGUUAACCGGUUGA